CUCCCACUACAUUUUAGAUUGAAAUGGAUAGCUUAAUCAAGCAAACAAGGAGGAAGCAUACAAGUUCCCAGGGCAGAACAGGCGAGGUUGGUAGCUCCACAAGAGAGAAGACAGUGCCAGCAAGGAGGUCUGUUUCAUUCAAAGAAGAUAAGAAGAAAUCCUCAAGCUGGUUACAGAAGCAGUUCUCGAGACAAAUGACCGACCAAGGCUAUGACCCGAUCAGCGAGAUGGACCACGCAGCUGCAGUUGCAGCCACUGCUUAUGCCAUAACCAAUUUUGAAGAAACUUGGUUAGAGAGUUAUCAUAGUGGUCUCGAACGUGGAGCUUCUUUGUCAAGGAGCAAGAGUAGAAAAGAAGCGUCGCCUUUUGAAGAGCUGAGAAGCUUAUCAAGAAGAUUCUCAGGACAACUUUCAUUUAAGGAACAAGAUUCAAAUAGAGAUCACACCAGACGAAGUGGAGAUUCAAAGGAGAAACAUGAAAGACAAAGAAAACAAGUUAUUGAGCCGCCAUCUCCAAUGCGGAAACAAUCAUCGUCCAGGACACGAUCAGAACCUCGUGCCCCACCACCACCACCACCUCCUCUUCCUUCGCCUUCGCCUCUGCGGCUUCCAUCUAGUGAAAUCAAAACGCGGAGCUCAGGGCAUACUAGUCGAAAAGAUGAUGUUACAGCAGAUGCUUGGGAAAAAUCUGAACUAGCUAAGAUCAAAGCAAAGUACGAGAAGUUAAACAGAAAGAUCGAUUUGUGGGAAGGGAAGAAGAGGGACAAAGCUAGAAGGAAGCUGGACAAAUCUGAGAGCGAACAAGAACAGAGGAGGAAGAGAGGUUUGCAGAGAUUCAGAGAAGACAUGGAAUACAUCGAACAGAUUGCAGCUGGAGCAAGAGCUCAGGCAGAGAAACAAAGACAGAACGAAGAGUUCAAGGUGAAGGAGAAAGCUGGAAUUGUACGUAGUACCGGUAAAAUUCCUGCAAAAGCAUGUUUCUGUUUCUGACACCAAAACAGAGGAUCUCAUAUAUUUGUAGCUAUAUAUAUAUAUAGUGUGAGUGCAUGUGUGUAAGAGAAAUUCUUUUAAACUGAUUAUUCUGUAAGCUAAUAUUUUACUAUCAUAGUUCUGACUAUAUAAAUUUAUAGAAUUUUUUUUUCUGUACAAUUAUUCCCAAUUAUCACAUUAAAUGGGCAAAUGAUGAUGAACGUUGGUUACUUAUAAAAGUUGGGA